AAAAAAGCAGGAACUUCCAUGUGUGACAGAGAAUGAGAGAUGAGCGGACAACGGAAGGUGGUGUGCGUCACCGGAGCAUCGGGAUUCAUAGCAUCAUGGCUUGUAAAGCUUCUGCUGGAACGUGGAUACAAUGUAAAAGCCGCCGUUCGCAAUCCAAAUGAUCCGAAGAAAACAGAACACUUACUUGCACUUGAUGGAGCUAAAGAAAGACUUCAUUUAUUCACAGCAGAGUUAGUGGAUGAAGGAUGUUUUGACUCCAUAGUGGAUGGGUGUGAUGGUGUUUUUCACACAGCAUCCCCUGUGUUUUUUUCAGCUGCUGAUCCCAAGGCCGAAUUGAUUGAUCCUGCAGUGAAGGGAACUCUUAAUGUUCUUAAAUCAUGUGCAAAAGCUCCUUCAAUCAAGAGAGUAGUCAUGACAUCUUCAACAGCCACAGUUGCAUUCAAUGGAAUGCCAUUGACUCCGGAUGUGGUGAUUGAUGAGACUUGGUUUUCUGAUCCAGAUUUCUUGGAGAAAUCUAAGCUCUGGUAUAUGCUCUCCAAAACAUUAGCUGAGGAGGCUGCUAUGAAGUUUGCAAAAGAAAAUGGGAUUGAUCUGGUUACAAUAAAUCCAGCAGUUGUCAUAGGUCCGAUUUUACAGCCAACUCUUAAUUUGACCGCGGAGAUGAUAUUGAACAUCAUAAUUGGACGUGAACUCCCCUCAUUUUUUAGAUUUGUUGAUGUUCGAGAUGUUGCAUAUGCACAUAUUCAAGCGUUUGAGAUUCCAUCAGCUACUGGCAGAUAUUGCAUGGUUGAAAGAACUGCAGACAUUUCUGAGGUGGUGAAGAUCUUACACGAACUAUACCCUAAUUUCCACCUGAAUGAAAAAUAUGAAAUUAAUCCUAUUAUGUUACUACACCUGGUAUCCAAGGAGAAAACAAAGAGCUUGGGUGUCAACUUCAUUCCUUUAGAGGUGAGUUUGAAGGACACUGUUGAAAGUUUCAAGGAAAAGGGUUUGCUUAGUGCCUAAAGUUUUAAUUUUUUUUUUCUUUCAUUGUUUGGGACUUUUCAUGGUUUCUUAAUCCUUUCCCGUUUAUUCUAUGUUGUUUCAAACAAGUCUGUAUUGACUUUUAAAUGUAUGUAACUGAAUUCUCUUCAUCUUUCUCACUUUGUUGGAGUACUUGACAUUCUCUUUUGUAUGAUGAGCAACAUUGCCAUGGGACUACAUUUGCAAU